AUGUCACAAGAAAAACAUUGGAACUAUACCAAAGAUAUUGUCAGGACAUCGAUUUCUGGUGUCUGUGCCGCAAACCCAUACCUCAAAUAUAUUGAGUCAGAGAGAGUUGUUUAUAAUUCACAUUCUCCUGAAAAUGGUGAAGAAAAAGUGACUGUUGUAUCUGGAGGUGGUUCUGGGCAUGAGCCUCUCCAUCUGGGAUUUGUAGGCGAUGCACUCUUGGAUGUUGCAGUUGCUGGGUCUAUCUUUGCCUCACCUUCGGUCAAGCAAGUCUUGUCAGGUAUUCAUUCAAAACCAUCUAAAAAGGGCACUGUUGUUGUUGUUAAAAACUACACUGGAGACAUUCUACAUUUUGGUUUGGCAAUUGAACGUGCCAGAUCACAAGGUAUCAAUGCCGGUCUCUUAAUUGUCCAAGAUGAUGUCUCUGUUGGUAAGACCAAAAACGGGAAGGUUGGAAGAAGAGGUUUGGCGGGGACGGCUCUGGUCCACAAAUUGGUUGGUGCGAAAUCUUUUGUUGAUGGAUGUAAGGCUUCUCUCGAUGACGUCAUGGAUUUAGGACAACGUGUUAUUGAUAAUAUGGUUACUAUUGGUGCCUCCCUUGAUAGGGUUGUUAUCCCCACCGUCCAUGGUGAGGAAAAGCAGGACGACUCUGAUGAUGAAGAUGAAAAGAUUGACGAAUUGGGCAAGGAUGAAAUUGAAAUUGGUAUGGGUAUCCAUAAUGAGCACGGUAUCAAGAGAGUUUCUCCGAUUCCUACUGUUGACCAGUUAGCAGAGACUCUCUUGGCGUAUUUACUCGAUCCAAAUGAUAAGGAAAGAUACUAUGUCGACUUUGAUAAAGAUGAUGAUGUUGUAUUACUUAUCAACAAUUUGGGUUCAACCUCUGUAUUGGAACUCUACGCAAUCCAAGCCAUUGUCAAUGAGAAACUCUUUUCAAUUUACAACAUCAAGCCUGUUCGGAUCUAUACUGGAACUUUUGUCACCUCCCUAGAUGGCCCUGGUAUUUCAAUCACCUUGUUGAAUGUUACAAAGGCCGGUGGUGAUGAGAUUUUAAGACUUUUGGAUUUGCCAACCAAUGCACCUGGCUGGAAUUCUGCAAUCCAAUCUUCAGAUUGGAAAACGUUGGGCGAGCAGCUCGUCAAGGAAGCACCGGAAAUUCACUACGCUACUUCCUCAAUCAAAUUAGAUCCAGAACUAGUUAAAAAGAUCCUCUUGAAAGGUUGUGAAGAAGUUAAAAAAGUUGAACCAAAAGUCACAUUGUAUGAUACCGUUGCUGGUGAUGGUGACUGUGGUGAAACCCUAUUAGCCGGUGCAGACUCCAUCACCAACUCAUUGAGGGAUAACUCUAUAGAUUUGACCGAUGCAGUCAGAUUCUUUGAAGAGUUGGGUGACGUUGUGGAAAGCGCAAUGGGUGGUACCUCUGGUGGAUUGUAUUCCAUUUUCAUUUCUUCCAUGUCGUCCUUCCUUAAGCAACAAGAGAAAUCCAGAGGAGCAUUUACCGUUUCUGAAGAGGAUUUUGCUGACACUCUAGAGGCUGGUCUCAAAGGCUUGCAAAGAUACACCCGUGCCAGGGUUGGAGACCGGACUUUGAUGGAUGCAUUGAUUCCUUUUGUUGAGACUUUCAAGUCCACCGGUGAUAUCAAUAAGGCUGCACAGGCUGCUCAUGAUGGUGCUGAAUCCACACGUAAGCUUGCUGCAAAAUUCGGGAGAGCAUCCUAUGUUGCUGAAGAGGAAUUUAGAAGAUUUGACAGUGAAGGUGGUCUUCCUGAUCCCGGCGCUAUUGGGUUGGCGGCACUGAUCAACGGAUUUGUCAGUGCAUACCAAUCGUAA